UAACCGAAAGAACGGACUUCUACUCUUCAGUCUGUUCGCGGCCGUCCGUCAAGCAGGCAUCUCUGAUUCUCUUGUGUCCCUAGUUGCUCCGUUUUCGUCUGUAAUCUUCAUAAUCUUCGUUACAUGUAGUGUCUAUUUCUCUGUCUAAAAAAACUUUGUGGAUGAUACCACGUUGUUGUCGACGAUACGAUCAUUAUCACCACCGACACCCUGAUCAACUAAGAGUAAUAAUCGUACUGACAAUCGCGAGGACACUGACGCGACACGCGUUUAUGACAGUUUGUUGUGCUGAAUCCAUCCCCCGUGCAUGAGAACGACUGAACGUGUGAUUAAGUGGCAAGACGUGCAAGCAUGUGGUACGCGAAUCUUAUCGUGGGCCUAAUAAGUCUGAUCAUUGUCAAUUCACCACUUUGGUGUUCAGACGCGUUUAACAUCGAGACGAAACAUUAUGCGGUUUACCGAAACGAGACCAGAUCCAUGUUCGGAUUCGCUGUUUCUGUGUACAGGGAUAGAUAUGGACGAGGAUGGGCAAUCGUGGGUGCACCGGAGGCUGAAACUCCUCAAACCGGCGUUUACAGAGGCGGCGCCGUUUACAAAUGCGACAUUGCUGCCGAUGACCGGUGUACAUUGAUCCACUUUGACAACAAAGGAAAUAACCACGUCAGGAAUCCAAAUGUACCGGGUGGUUUGAGUCAGAUCGAUAAUAAAACUCUUCAGUGGUUUGGUGCCACGGUUUCAGCCUCGUUAAGAGACGGAGGACCUAUAUUGGCGUGCGCUCCAAGGUACAUCUGGUUCUCCGUGUCUCAAUCCAAAUACGACCCGGAAGACAAUCGAUGGAGCAAGGACUCGCCCGUUGGAAGUCGGCGGGAACCCGUUGGUACUUGCUGGGUCGUCAGCAACAAUUUCAACGAAUCGCAGGAAUAUUCACCCUGUCGUACAAGGUACUGGGGAUACCACAGGCAGGGUUCGUGUCAAGCUGGAUUGGGUGCUGCCAUGUCUAAGAACGGUGAGAGGCUGUUCAUUGGGGCGCCAGGAAGUUGGUACUGGCAAGGUCAGAUAUACUCGAUCAGCACCGCUAUGAGAUUGGAGUUCUUAGCGACGAUGUUUGUCACGCCCGAAGCAGAUGCAUCAGGCCAGGCAUUUUCACAGCCAUUGAACAGCCGGGCAAGAAUAAUGUUCACGAAGGAAGGUCCGGCCACUGAAGACGAUAGUUACAUGGGUUACUCUGUCACGACCGGAGAUUUUAUUGGAAACGGUGACAGCGGCACCGCCGUCGGCGUACCUCGUGGCUCCGAUCUUCUCGGCAAAGUUAUCCUCUUUACCUCGGACAUGACGAAUCCUCGUAACAUCACAGGAGAGCAAAUGGGAGCAUACUUCGGUUACGCUGUUGCUUCCGGCGAUAUCGAUGGCGAUGGGUUGGACGAUCUUCUAGUUGGUGCGCCUAUGUACACGAUACCAGAUAACCCGGAAAUGACCAUCGAGACCGGAAGAGUGUACGUGAUCUAUCAAGGCGUUGGGCCUGAGAAAUUCCGCAAAGUCGAUUCUAGGGACGGAGAAAGUAACCGCGGACGAUUCGGCUUGUCACUGGCCUCUCUAGGGGACAUCGACCGUGACGGUUAUGGCGACUUUGUGGUGGGUGCUCCUUACGCUGGUCCACGUAGUCACGGUGCCGUGUACAUCUACCAUGGUUCGCCGACCGGCGUUCUCGAAAAAUAUUCCCAAGUGAUCUACGCUGAGAAUCUCGACGUACCCGUGGACACGUUUGGAUUUUCCGUGGCCGGUGGUCUUGAUCUCGAUGGAAAUCUUUAUCCGGAUUUAGUAGUGGGGGCCUAUGAAUCUGGCACCGCUAUAUUCUACAGAUCUAGACCCGUCAUCAAGAUGGACUCGUACGUUUCCUUUGAUUUGGAGUCGAAAUUAAUCUCCUUGGAUGAUAGAAAUUGCACGUUGUCCGAUGGGAAUAGAGUUACUUGUCUUCCGUUGAGAGCUUGCUUCAAAUAUAACGGAGAAGGUGUUUUCUCGAGGCAUAAUUUCAAUAUUCAGUAUGUUCUUGACGUGAAAAAGACCAAGAGCCCGAGGUUGUUCUUUUUAGAACUCGAGGGGAAGAACACGAUGAAUCGGACAAUCAUGGUGGAUCGCGACCGGCAAUUUUGUCGCACCGUUCAGGUAUACGUGACACCAAAUAUUCGCGACAAGCUUACAUCUCUAGACGCCGAAAUGCGAAUGAGUCUCGACGAAGAACGUUACGAAGACACUCGAACGAGAGAUCCUAGAAUUCCUUUGCGCCCUAUCCUUGGCUCGACAACGUCCAGGAAGGACUCUCUGUCCAUCAGGAAAAAUUGCGGCUCCGACAAUGUGUGCAUCCCGGAUCUCCAGAUGAACGUGACGUCGAACGUGCAGAAGUACCUGCUGGGUUCUGGCAAACGGCUCCAGUUAGACGUACUGGUGCAGAACAUGGGAGAGGAUGCUUUCGAAGCGACAUACAACUUGAAACUACCCGCUGGUAUCGAUUACAUUAAAGUGGAGAAGAUCGAGACAAUGGGUGUGCCUGUUCAAUGUUCGGCGCCCAAGCAAUCGAAUAACAAUACUCUCCGUUGUGAUAUUGGCAAUCCAUUGCAGAAACAUGGUUUGGUCAAGUUCAAAGUGUUGUUGCAACCAGUCACAUCGCACGGAAUGAAGCCGAUUUAUGAAUUCGAAAUGAAUGUAAAUACAACCAAUCCUGAAAACCCAUACACCAUCGAGGACAAUACGUAUAUUUUGAGAUUGCCAAUUUGGAUCGAGACCGAUCUACGUAUAGAUGGUGAAAGUAAACCGAAAGAUUUGUAUUACAAUCCGGAUAAUUAUACCAGCGAGAUGAAUAUCACUGCGGAAGCAGAAUUUGGACCAGCUAUGACUCACAAUUAUACUAUUCGGAACCAGGGACCGUCGGACGUCGUCGAGGCAGAGGCUUUUCUCAUUUGGCCUGCUCAGACGUUGGCUGGAAACGAGUUGUUGUACUUAUUGGAACAGCCGGAAACAUCUGGACCUGUCGUCUGUGAAUCUGCCAAUGCGAAUUAUCUUAGUCUGAAGUUGGAUCAACGUAAAAGGCUGUAUUCGUAUCACUCAGAUCCAUCAGGAGUGAUCUUGAACGAAUCCCAAUCAGGCAGAACGAUUAACGUGCAACGAGGAUUCGACACUGGAAACAAACCAGACGUCCUAAUUACGACCUACGCUCAAAACAACUCGGAGAUCAGCUCUAACGCGGGUGAUUUAACCGCUGGCAAUAGAGGUGUAUUCUUUCAUACAGAGUCCGGUGAUUACGGAGAGAUGACAACCUUGGGCGGUAGUUUCGGCUCUAGUGUCGGUGACACUCUAAAUACCAGAGUUCCAGACUCCGAAUCUCGUGGAAACUAUGGAUCACACGCGAACCGUUCUAUAACCUUAAACAGUUGGAACGAUUGGGACAGAACCAGAUUAUCUGAAGCUCGAUCAUUUUCAUCAGAUAGAUUUGGUUCUAAUACAAACGAGAGCGAUGAAAGAUACCAAGAGCAACAGGCGCAACAACGACGUGAAGAGGAGGCUCGAUUGGAGCAUCAGAGAAAGAAGGAGCAACACAUGGCUGCACAGCGACAGCGAGAGGAACAAGAACGACUGUAUUAUCAGAGAAGGCAGGAAGAAGAACGACGAAGGAUGAACGAGGAAUUAAAAAGACAGCAGGAAGGGGAACGAAAACGGCAACAAGAAGAAGCGAUACGAAGACAACAAGACGAACAACGGAGGAAGCUGGACGAAGAAAAGUACAGGCUCGAGCAAGAGAAACAUCAUAGAGUUCAAGGUGGUUUGAUCACCGGUGAUCGAGAGGAGACUGUACGAGGAGGCGAAUUUGGAUUUCAACUGCGUAAUGUCAGUUCUAUGCAGGAACUGGAACGACUAUUUGGAUCCUUAUCCAAAUCAGCGACUGGUUAUGAACUGUAUAAUAGACAGGGCAGGCAUUAUGUUCAGUUUAUGGGAAGAUUCAGAAAUUCUGCCGACAGGAGGGAGUAUAUCGAGUUUCAGGAUGGAUCUAUAUUUCCUCUCCAAGACCAUUACGGAGGACAGAGCUAUGCUUCUGAAUCUACAGAGCCUAGAGAUAUUAGAUUCUUGAGGAUAGAGGGUGAACUUCUAGUCGAUUCGACGGGGAAAGGAUUCAUCGUACUUAAAGACGGACGCAGAUUCCCUUUGCAAGGCUCCUUCACUUAUACCGAGGAAAGUACUUACACGUUAGAUCCACAUAGUUACCUACAGGCAGGUGGAGCCAAUGGCGAAUAUGAAACGAAGGUUUUUGGUGAAUCUUGGAACGAGAAAUCUAGCCAAGCUAGUGACAUAGAAAAGAACUACGAGUCUAGGUAUACCAGUACGCACGAGGUGAGAAGAACAGAAGAUAGAAGAGCAGCUGGCAGAACUUAUGGAAGAGAGAAUCGCGAAACUCUCGAAGAAGCAGGUGCAUCGAGCAAGAUUCCAAAUCCCACUGCAGGCUUGAGAUUCAAGCGAGAAACCGAUAUGGUUAACGUUAAGGAUUUUGAAAAGUUCGAGAAGCUUCGCAGAAUACCAAGAGAUCUGGAGAACGAUGCACUGACGCCAGAGAAUGAAUUCAACGGAGAAGAUUAUGAAAAUGAUCCGAGAAUGCAAGGAUCGGUCGAUCCUUGCAAUACAGCCAAGUGCGUCAUGCUCAAAUGUAUUUUAGGACCAUUGAGAAAGGACCAGGAAGUUUGGAUCGGAGCUAGAUACAGAGUGGACGCAAGAACGCUGAAGAAGGUCGCUCUUCAAGAAAAAGUCAGAGUUUCGACCAAAUUGGUGGCUCGAGUCACCAAGCAACCGUUCAUAGGCACGCCUGCCGAGCAAGUCAUCAAAAGCCAUGAAAUUAAGACGAAUGUCGAACCAAGCAUAACACCAUCUGUGCCGGAUGUUAUUCCACUGUGGGUUGUGGUACUGUCCGCCUGCGCUGGGACGAUCAUCCUGUUGCUGCUUAUUUUCUUGCUGCACAAGUGUGGGUUCUUUAAGAGGAAUAGACCGUCCGAUGCACCAGAAAGGCAACCAUUGAACAGGAAUGGUCAUUUCCAACACGGUGACGAUCACUAAAAAAAAAAAAAGAAAAUACAAUUCAUUUCGAAUACCGUCGAUACAAUGUAAACGAACGAACGAGCGAGGGAGGCUCGUAUUUACGCACUGACUGGAUCGUAGCUCAUUCCAACUAUAAUACAGUGCCGUGUCGUGCAACGAGAUAAAUAUUACGAUUAUUGUAAUUAACAAAAUCACGAGUGCCUUUAUCUCCAGGCCAGAAUGAGGAAACUGCUCGAGUUUUUCUUCCUUAGAUAUAUACAUACAUCUAGGUACGAACGGAUAUGUGAUGUAAAAGAGGUUCUGAAGUGAUUUUGCGAUUAUUUUCUACUGCCAUCGAAUACUCUUUUCAACUCCUGCAGCUCGAUUAUGCAAGUUUCUAGUCAGGAGAUGUUCUUUCUUUCUCUUUUAAUUAUUAUUAUUGUUAUUAUCAUCACCAUUGUCAUUUGUUAUCAUUAUCAUCAUCAUCAUUAUUGUGACUUUUUUUAAAUUACCUGUAACUUACUUAAACCGAUGACAACCGACUACAAAAUGAUCGAUCAAAAUACGUGACGGUGAGGGCCGAAAACGCAGAUAUUUCUUGCAUGUUAAAAGCGAAUAUGAUUUUUUUAUUUUAAAAUAUUUGCUAGAUUUGUAAAAAUAUUAGUUAUAUCUUGGAACUUGAACAAUUGCAGAAUAGUUGGAGUUAUAAUUAACUAUAGAGAAAGAUGUUCGGUUCUAUAUUGUAAAUAUACUACGGUAUAAUUAUUCAAGCUCUCCUGAUGGAAUAUUCAGAAUAAUAAUUUAUUAAUUUUAUUUUUCGUUAAACGAACGUUUAGCCAAUUCAAAUGCUUCGCUACACGUCAAUAAAAAUUUCAUUGGUCUUUGAUUUCUCUUUUUUUAAAAAAACGAGAAAGAAGAUUUUCUCUCGAGAACGAAGAUUUUCAAUUAUUUAUUAAAAUUUCUAUAUUAUUAUAUGUAUAUGUAUAAUGGAGCGCCAUAAUGUGAAAUUGAAGCUAAGGCUGUAUGUUUAUAAUCUUGUAAAUUAUUAAUUGUAUUACUAGAAACUGUUUAGAAAGUAACUACCUAACACAAAUUAAUAAUUGUGUGGAGAGCAAACGAAUUCCUGGUUAAACGGAAAAGUAGGAACUGACUUGUGUAUAUACAGAUUUAAGAUGUAAUAUUAAAUAAAAAAGAUACGUGUAUAUGUAUAUAUAUAUAUAUAUAUAUAUAUCUUUUUUCAAUUAAUUAAUAAUAUUAACAUUA